AUGUCUCUCACGCAACAAGAAACGAAGAUUACCACCCCUAAGCACUGCCCAGCAUCCGAAUCCCACCUACUACCUUCUGACUCCUUCGACACUCAUGUACAUGUGUUUGAUCCCAGGCUAGGAUCAUACGCCACUGGUCGCGCAUACACCCCAGACGAUGCCCCGCUGGAAAGCCUACUCGCAUUCAACAAAAGUAUUUCGGUCACUGGAAAAUUGGGAAAGAUAGUUCUCGUUCAACCCUCUCCGUACAAGACAGAUUGCACGGUGUUGAUGCGGUGCCUCCAGGGAUUGCAACGUGAAGGCCAUAACGCUUAUGGCAUCGCCGUCAUCAAUGUCGAUACCGUGUCAGACCACAUGCUCAGAGGAAUGCACAAGCUCGGCGUAAGGGGAAUACGGUUGAACUUUCAAGCGGAUGGCAAAGAAUUCGACGUGCUCAGCACAGUUAUACAAUUGCAGAAAGCCGCCCAACGGAUCUGUCAUCUUCCAGGAUGGAUGAUCCAGCUCUUUGUUCCCUCUUGGACUUGGGAUAUUUUUCAUGGUUGCAUCCGAACCCUACCUGUCCCCGUUAUCGCAGACCAUUUGGGCGGUAUACUGGGCCCUUCAAAACUCCCGCCACAACUUCGAGACGUCCCAUUAUCGCAGCCUGGUUUUCAUUCUCUCUUGUCCUUGGCCAAGCAGUCUCGAGUAUUCAUCAAGAUCUCCGGGUUGUAUCGGGUCUCCGCACUGAACGAGUCGCACUUCGACGACGCUCGACCAAUUAUACAAGCGCUUGCACGCGAGGUUCCCUGUCAGCUAAUUUGGGGGAGUGAUUGGCCACACACUGGAGAUGGUAGCAAUCGUCUCAAUCGGGAUAUAAACGUCAAAGAGCCGUUUCAACCAAUUGAUAACGAGGCCAUCCUGCGGAAUGUCAAGAACUGGUUGACUGACGAGGCGUGGCAGAAGAUGUUGAAGGACAACCCUGGUCGUAUCUUCCAUUAG